UGUGUACACUACACGUGCGACACGCGACAGUCGUUGUUGUAUUUUAUGUGAUUAAAAAGGUGGAUUGUCCUUCACCCCCUUCUGCACUCGGUUUCCGCGUCACGUGACGGGUCUACAGCUGCGCGUUACGUUUGCGGUCAACUGCAAAAUGGAGGACCAUAACUGCAAGGAGCCUGAGCAACUCAGGAAGCUUUUUAUUGGUGGUCUGAGUUUUGAAACCACGGAGGAGAGUUUACGAUCCCAUUUUGAAAAAUGGGGAAGCCUUACAGACUGUGUGGUGAUGAGAGAUCCUGGCAGCAAGCGGUCGAGAGGGUUUGGCUUCGUAACAUACUCUUCUGUAAGGGAAGUCGAUGAGGCCAUGAAAGCAAGGCCUCACAAAGUUGAUGGUCGUGUUGUCGAACCUAAGAGGGCCGUCUCCAGAGAGGACUCCAAUAGACCAGGCGCCCACCUGACCGUAAAGAAGAUCUUUGUUGGUGGAAUAAAGGAGGACACUGAAGAGUACCACAUCCGGGAAUAUUUUGAAAAAUAUGGAAUGAUUGAGUCAAUUGACAUCAUGGAGGAGCGCGCCACUGGAAAGAAGAGAGGCUUCUGCUUUGUUACUUUUGAUGAUCACGACACUGUGGAUAAAAUUGUUGCUCAGAAAUACCACUCAAUCAACAAGCACAACUGUGAGGUGAGAAAAGCGCUCUCCAAACAGGAAAUGAGUGCCGUUAAUAACAACAGGGGAAGAAGUGGAGGUUCUGGGAACUUCAUGGGGAGGAAUAAUAAUUUUGGAGGUGGUGGUAACUUUGGCCGAGGUGGAUACGGAGGCGGCAGAGGGGGUUAUGGAGAUGACUUUGACAAUGGUCCUGGAGGAAAUUAUGGCGGAGGUCCAGGUUACGGAGGAGGCAGAGGGGGCUACGGAGGUGGAGGUGGGGGUGGUCCAGGUUAUGGCAACCAGGGAGGAGGAUUUGGUGGUAAUUGUGAUGGAGGUUAUGGAGGCAGUGGAGGAGGUUAUGGAGGAGGUAGUAAUUACAAUGACUUUGGAAACUAUGGUGGAAACCAGUCCAGCUAUGGGCCCAUGAAGGGAAACAACUUUGGUGGGAGGAACUCUGGUGGACCCUAUGGUGGUGGAUACGGCUCUGGUGGCGGUGGAGGCGGAGGCUACGGUUCGAGGCGGUAUUGAAAUAUGACACAUUUCAAUGUGGAAAGAGGCAUUCUCUCCUUGCUGCAAAUCUGUUAAGACCUGAUAACGAGGUUCUGGAUGGGUAAGCCUUUUUUAUUACAAAAUAUUAACCAUGGCUGCACCUAUUGUAAUAUAACGUGUUGUGGGGAUUUUUGUUUGUUAAGUUUAGUUGAGCAUGAACACCUGCAGAAGUAUUUCUCUUUGACACCAGUCUAUAACUAAGACACUACCUUUAGUCACAGGGGUCUUAGACCAAUGGCCCUGAACCAACCAUCGGUCAUAUGAUCAAGGGUUGCAGAGAACAAAAAUACAUGUUAAAAUAUUUACAAAAUAUUCUUUUAUAUUUUUGGAAAAAUAGCUGUUCUCUCUCAAUUACUCGACAAAUGUACACAUUUAGAUGUCUGAAGAGGAACCCCUCAAAUAAAGCUGCAUUCACAGUUCUACGCUAACUGUGGAUUUAUAGCAAUGUUUCAUUUUUAUCUGAUCCUGCCACACAAAGCAAAUUCUAUAUGUGUGUGUGGAGUAUAAUAUUAUGGUGAGUUGUAUUAUUAUUCAGUUAGAGUUCAAACAUUUUCUCAGUGUGGCAUCAGUGAAGUUCAACCUUGGUAACCUUGACAACACCAAUCUAAGCCAGCAUGACUUUGAUUAUUGAAAUAAGGACUUGGACUGUUAUUAAGCAAAACAACACACAGAUGAUACUAGAUACAUAGGGAGAAACUGAGGUGCUGACGGGGAGGGUGACCCUUUCUUAUUUGCUAUGGUUAUUGAAAUGUCGAUAGAUGAAGGUACACUCUGGUAGUCAUGAUGUUUUGCAGAUGACACUGUAAUCUGGUAAAGGUAGUUAGCAGGUGGAAGAAACCUUGACAUUGGGAGGUUUUUAUCUAGAGUGAAGAGGUAUGAUGAUCAGCAGUAUCGGAGGUAAUUGUCAUCGAAGAAGUUUAUAAGGAGAAAUAAUACCUGCUAUAAAAAAAAAGAAGAGGGAGCUAGAAGAGGUAGAGUUUAAAAUGUUAAGGUAUGGCCUUAGAAAUUAGCUGCUCAAAGGGUCACUGAAGGUUUUGAAGUUAUGAGAUAAAGUUAGAGAGAUAGUGGAGAUUGUGGACAAAAUUUGAUAGUUGUUGAUUUGAUAGAGUUGCCAGGGAAGAGGAAAAGAGGAAGACCCCAGAGGAGAUUUAUGGAUGUAGUGAAGACUUAAACAUGGUUGGUGUUACUGGAGAGGAGAGCAGGCAAUAUGGGGAAAUGGAGGAGUGAAGAUAAUUAACACUCUGCCACAUUAUUUUACAUCUUAGGUCAUGAAAUAGCCUUUUAUACAAUGACUUGUAGUCUUUGAGACUUGACUUGAACCUGGACUUGAGUAGAGAGGAGGCCUGGACUGGACUCAGUUUGUUUUGACUGCUCUGGGUGAGAAGUACUUGCAUUGUUUAAUGUCUUGAAAUGUUAGAAAGAAAAAUCAAAACUUCCAUUAUACUUGAUGGUUUAUGAUCAUGUGCACUGCAGUGAACAUGGUGAAAUGUAGUAUAUUUUUGUCUACUGUAUCUGGAACAACCAAAGGAACAUUACAUUUAAAAUGUAGAGCUAACUUAUUAGUGUAGCUCUACCCCGUGUGUAAAUACAGGAUGUUGUCUUCAGGAAGAGUUGACUGGGAUGUUUUUUUGGGGUUUUUUUUUUCUCCGUCCCCUUUGGUCUACCCCCACAAAGUUCAGAAGUAAGUUCAAAGGUCAAAGGAAACUUUUGCUUUCAUGGUUUCCCUCCUGUUCUCCCUCUAAACUAACUGAUCUUUACAUAGUAUGUUUGAGAAUUUUAGGACUUGUGUCCCUAAGUUUAUAAUGUUACCAACAUGAACUACUUUUACAUAGUUAAAUAUUAACUUAUAUUGUGUGAUUUUACAUAAUUGACAAGAUUACCUUUAAGAUCCAAGUCAAAAGGUUGUCGUUUAAAAAAAACAGGUGUGAUAAUGUCUUCCAGCCAAAGCGCUUGUAUUUCAUAAGAGGAAUGUGGACAAACAACCUAGUGAUCUGUUCUUGUCUCACCGCUGUCACUAACUUGACCUGUUGCCUAUUUGUAUUGUGUAUUCUGAAUAAAGAGUUUUUUUUCAUGAUG